GGAACAAUGGAGCUUCAAUGAAUCUGUGUGGGAGGAAACCGGAAUACCCGGAGAAAACCCAUGCAUGCACAGGGAGAACAUGCAAACACCACACAGAGAUGGCAGAGGGUGGAAUUGAACCCUGGUCUCCUGGUCUGCGCACUAACCACUCGACCGCCGUGCCGCCCUAACUUGUCUAUCACCACUUUAUUUGACACUCUUAAUAUGAAGGCCAAGCCGAAUGUUCCAGCUUCCUGUUGGAAUUCCAGUCCAUAAACUCACCUGGUUGAUUUCCGCAUGAGUUACUUUGGGAGGAGCUGGUCAAAGUUCUCGGUCCAAAGUCAACAAACGGCCAGUCUUUAAGAUGAAGGACUAUAUGAGCUCCUGCUCGGUGAGUAUCUGCUGCCAAUGUUAUUUUCACUUUGUUGUCUUGUGUGACGUGAUGUUCGUACCAACGCCACGCCGUUUGUCUGCUGCGUUUCAGUAUAAGCAACUCUACGAAGACGGGGAGUGCUUCUGCAAGGAACUGAUGAGUGUUUUGCAGCAAAGGGCUGAGCUGGAACACACGUACGCUAAGGGGCUCCAAAAACUGGCUGGAAAACUUCUGAGGGCUUCCAAAGGCAUGAGCAGCAUCUCCAUAUUCAGCGCCUGGUGUCACGUGUCAGAUGAGAUGUACUCACGAGCAGAUGCCCACAGGUACGACCUGCAAGAAGCGACAACAAGAGGCGGCCAAGACAUGCUGCGUUUGCUUUGCAGGUCGUUGGGGAAUGCGUUUCGGCAGGAGGCCAUUUUGGAGAUACGUCAGGUCUUGGACGAACAUAACAAGAGAAAGCGACCCCUGGACACCGCCAUCGAGAGGACGGGAAAACUGGUCAUGGCCAACUGGAAUCAGCAACUCAAGACAAAGAAGAAACUCCUUGGAUUAACAAGGGAGCAUGAGGCUUUGUUCAACUUUGUAGAAAACAAUAAACAAAUAUGCACAGAGAAAGAAAAGCAAAAGGUAGAAAAAGGGGAAAAAACGAUCUUGAAUGCAACGCAUGGAGGCUUUUCCUUGAUCAGUUGUGCUGCCCGUUUUGGUUUGCAGAUGCUUAACAGGCUGACAAAAUCGGCGGAGCUCCAGACUCGAGUGGACGAGGAGUAUUUCCAUACCAACAUGGAGGGCCAUCAGAUGAGGCUGAAGUGGGAAAACACUCUUAAAAACUGCUACCAGAUCCUCCAGGAGCUGGAGAAACAGCGAAUGGAAGUCCUUUGCAACGUUGUGAACCGAUACAACCUGCACAUGUCCAGUUUUGGCCAGACCCUCAAACAUGGCCAAAAGCAGAUAGAGCUGCUGGUCCAAAGGGUGGACAUGGAUAAAGACGUGCAAACGCUGCUGGAGGACAACAGCAUCACAACAGCAGACAGCAAAGCUGAAUUUCUGAUGACGGAUUAUUACGAGGAAGACCGCAAAUCACUGAUGGCCAAAGAGCGAAGAAUAGAAGCCGUUCAAGUCAAACUCCAUCGCCUUGAGGACAGUAUAUCGAAAACAAAAAAAGACUGUGAAGGCAUUGAAAAGCUGAUGAAAACCUACGCGGAAAACCCUUCCUUUUCCAACCAAAGAAACAUAGAGGAGACGGAGCAGCAGCUUGACGAGAGCAGACUGAAGCUGGAUCUACUGGAGGCCACUCACUAUAAACUCUCUUCAUCGCUCUGUGAACUGGAAGGGCAACCCAAGCCUUUGCACCGCUUUGGUGACAGCAUUGUCAAGUGGAAGGAUAAGGACUGCGAGCACAGUGUGGUGCAACUGACUCGGCCGGUCAAACUCAGGAAGACGUCCUUCAGAACAAGACACUCGCUGAGAGCGUCCAUCAUCUACAAAGGGCCCGUUCAAACUACCACGAGUCCGCCAGCUGAGCCUUCGCCCAGCGGCCAGCUCUCCUGCACCGUGCUGCCACAGGAAUCGGAGAACGUUGUUCCGAGUUCAACACAUAAGGAUGAAGAACAUGGUCAGAGAGUACCAGACGUUUGCCGUGUUGGCCAAUGCAAGGCUUUAUACAGCUUCACACCUACGCACCAUGAUGAAUUACCUCUGCAAGAAGGUACGAGGAACAUGCCAAACCAGGAUGACAGCCAAAUAAAAACACAUACCGUGUUUCACAGGGGAUCUACUGGACGUUUACACGAAGGAAGAGAACGGCUGGUGGUUUGGAGCACUUCAUGGCCAGACGGGUCAUUUCCCAUCCACGUAUGUUGAAGAGCUGCCUGCGCUCAGCCGUGUCAACUCCUUCCAAGCCUGACUGAUAUCUGCUGGUUGACAGUGGAACUAACAUCUAAGCCUGUCACCGUCAAUCAAUCAAUCAUUUCACCACAUUAAAUAAACUCAUGUUUGUUUUCCUCCACUCUACCAAACAGAACCAAGAGUUCACUCUGUACAUCUGUCUCAGCAACAGGGUGUGUUGUGUAUAGCGGAAUGAAUCCAGAGUGAACCCUCCUGUCAUUCAUUCAGUAUCUUUGUCCCAGUGAGGAGAGGCGUGCUACACGCUAGCACGUGCACUAGUGCUAGCUAAACUAUGGAAUACUUUCUUUGUACCUGUUGUGGAUUUGCCACCCACCAUUUCGUGACAUGAAAAGGUUUGUGACAAAGACACUGUUUUAAAAAUAAAUAAAAUAAAAAAUAAAGAAUACAUUUUUUAAAACAGCGGAACUUACGUUUCGGUGACUCGGUGAAAGUAUAGCAUCUCAUUGUGCGCCAAAGGCAUUUUACUGCAUCCAGAAACGGACUUUGACCAAACUGUUACACGCCAUUUGAUGUAAAACGGCGUAUUUCACACAUACGUUUCAAUAUAAACAACGAAAAAAAGAAUCUGCCGGACCCAGACAAACACUCCAGGGCUCUGAAUGCAGCUAUUGCCAAGCCCCCAAACCCAAACCGCUACUGUCCAAUCCUACGAUUAUGCUGCGUUCAAGACAACUCGGGGAAAAGUGCUCCAAGAAGCGAGUGUAUUCUAUAGGGGUGGAGCCGAACCCGAAUACGGUAUUCGGAACGGCACGAAUGACUUUUUUUUUUUUUUUACAAAUUAAUUCGAACAAAUACUUUUCAAAUGUUUGUAUCUGUUUGUAUUAUUUGCAAUGUACUCGUGUAAUACAAGAAGCUAUUGUAGUACUGGCAUGUUCCUCUUGUUAAAUCCCAUCAUGUAAAUGGUCCCUAGUAGCAUUUCAUGUACAUACGUAUUUAAGUACUACAUAUUAGGUAGUUAAUAUUUGCCUUCCAAUUGCAAUACAUACUAGAGACUUUGCUGCAAAAUGUCAACUUUAUUAAAACUUUAUUAAAUCCCAUCUCAGCGCACUUGGGAGAUAAACUCCUUCCUUAUGUUCGCCAGGAAAACUGGUAAGCUGUUGGUCUCCUGAAGACGUCUUUCCAGAGCCGGCAGGUUCUCCAACACAGGGUCGCUCGACACGGCUGUAGAGUUUGGAGGGUUGGUGGUUUAGAAAACAUCCUGGAGUUUUUUUUACAGUGAACCUCAGUUGGUGUUCUUAGUUUAACUUGCAUG